UGUGUUUGUGUCUGUUGCUUGUCGUCAGUGUGUCCUUGGCUGCAUAGACCAGCAGCAGGUUAGCUAGAGAGCUACCACUGGAUUUGACAGCUAUAGGAAGCCGAACCGGAGGGCGCCAUAAGAGGAGCAGCAUCAUUUUCACCUACAAAAGAUUUUGUCACCCUUGCAGAGUGAACAGUCACACAACAACUUAAGAUGGCUUUCUUGAUCAAGAGCAUGAUUGGGAACCCCCUGUCAGGGAUCGGUCUGGGUGGUGGAGGUGACAAAGAAGAGGAGGCCGCCCCCACAGAUCCAGCCAAAGCAGCAGGGAUGACACGCGAGGAGUAUGAAGAGUACCAAAAACAGGUGGUGGAGGAGAAGAUGGAAAGAGAUGCAGAUUUCUUACACAAGAAGGCAGAGAGGGCAACACUCAGGGUGUGCCUCAGAGAAAAAUACAGGCUGCCAAAGAGCGAGCAGGAUGAGAACAUGAUUGAGAUAGCCGGGGACGACGUGGACGUGCCCGAGGAGCUGCUCAAGAUGGUGGAUGAGGACGCCACGGAGGAGGAGGGCAAGGACUCCAUCAUGGGCCAGUUUCAAAACUUGCAGAACAUGGACAUGGACCAGCUGAAGGAGAAGGCCUCGGCCACCGUCACCGAGCUGAAGAGCAAAGCAGAGGAGAAGUGCUCCGUCAUGUGAACAGCCAGAGGGGGGUCGUCUGUAUUUGAAUGAUGGAAAAGAAAAAGAGAAAGAGAAGAACACAAGAAAAUGAAUAUCUGGGAAUCUGCAGACUGAGCUGUGUUAAUAAGUCUGGGAUUCAGUUACAACCGCCUACAAAGUAUUCAAUUUUGUUAUAAGUACUAAAAAGGCAAAUCAUCUCUGCAAUAAAAAAAAGGUGUGUUAUCAUUACUGCUACAAUUCUGCAUCUAGGUUUCCCUGUUAGCUUGUAAGUGAAUGGGUAAUAAUUUACAACUUAUCGCAAUAACCGCAAAAUACUUUAAACUACAACCACUGUGCCCCAUCUCUCCCCUAUAACCUUUUUAGAUUUAGAUAUAAAUUAUGUAGAAAAGUGCUUUUUCCAGCCAGGUAUUCCUUUUCACAUCAUUCACAGGCCACAAUGCAUUUCAAAAUGAUGAUGAUUUGUGAUAUAAUGUUCACCUUUUUCUCUGUUUGUUGUAAAAUGAGAGUUAAGCUAAUUCCAUGACUCGCUUAUAAAAACAAAAUCAUUUAAGUUAAAAAUUCAAACCUGUGUGAAUGUUUCUGCUUUCCUUUUGGUUUGUUGGUUAUUCUAGAUUUUUUUGUAUGUGGUGUUUGAAUUAAUUAUGACAUUUAGAUUUUUUUUUCUUUCGGUGUUAUUACAAAACAGACCAUUUUCAAACGUCUUGACAUGUUGAUUUAUUUUGAAUUUCUCCACAUACACAUUUGAAUUGUAAUAAAAGCUGUCCAGCCUGAAACAUUUGCUGACAUUUGCAGAUUUGCACAGAUCAUAACUUUAAAAUACUGAAUGAUUAAUUCCAUACAAAUGAAAACAAUGUAGCCUGCAUAAAUACAGAUGAAACACAUGGAGGUACUUGUAAAUGUAUUGUUCAAAUAAAGAUGUAUAUUGAAUACA